AUGGACGUCUCCCGACUCUUCCCCCCGGUGCCUCAGUGCCCCAAUGUCCCCAGCGCGCCAGGAGUGCCCACUACACCUGGUCGGUUGCAUAAGAGGUGGCCGGCAUGUAGGCUCAGAGGCAGAGACAGAUUUCAGACGAAGAGGAUCGAGGUUCACGGCCGUGUGUGCAAAGCGGGCCCCCCCCUGUUGCGGUCAUACCAACAUGUACAGAGAGAGAGACAUUGGCCCUUGUCCCUGCCCGUUGCUCAAAUGUUACUACCCUCGGCGGUGGAGCGCAACGCACUGAGCACCUUUCCAUCCUUCUCCACAUGCUCUCCGCUUGCUGCUGCUGCUACUGCUGCUGCUGCUGGUUGCUUGCUUGCUGGAGCUUGCAAGCCAUUCGUCGGCGUCCAUGCUAAUUUAUCCCUGGCCUACCUAAGUACACCCCUCAUCAUAUCACCCUCUGAUCUGGUCAGUCACAUCUCGCAUUAUCGCCCUACUGUGUUGUGGUGUGGUCUGUGGCCCAAUCUGUGCUACCUGUUGGCUCUUGCAAUCGAGCCGUCCACUCUGCUAGGUGCGCAUCAACCGUCCUUCCAUCGUAUUCCCUACGUCUCCGCAACGCUUGAUCUUUUCUUUCGACCACGCCGUUCCCUGGGACCUCCAGUCCCAGCGAGAUAUCUCAGAACAGGAGCUCGCGUGUGCAACGCCCCAACAAUGUUCUCUAUCCUCAAAGGCGACACUGCUCCACGAUCUAGACAAUCUUCUGUAGACUCUCAAGCCAUUGGACCCCAUCCUCCAACACCAGACCUCGAACUCGGUACCUCGCUAGAGGCUGGUGCUUCCUAUGCUGGCGCUCAGGCUUCUGGUCAUUUCGCCAUCCAUUCGGCAAAGCGGAGUUCCGUUUUCAACUUGCGUUCAAGGAGCAACACUGCAAAUUCCACUGCUCCUUCGCUAAUGUCACCCAACCAUCCCGACAUGGCCGACCAUGAUGGAUCAUGGAAUGGCUCCCCACUUGUACGUCUUCAGCCAGGGGGUCAAAAUCAAAGUGAGACAUCAAAAGCUGGAACAAGGAGGUCGUUUUUUCGAGGAAGAAAAGGGAAGAGGAACAGUGAAGCCACGGCGGUCAGCACGCCCGACUUUGCGGAAACCGAUCUGAGUGAGAGAAGAACGUCCAUGUUGCGAAAAGACAAGAGGCGAACUGAGUAUGCCGAGGACGCUGGCGCUCUGAUAAAUCAGAUCUCCAAGCCAUUUGACUUUCAACACCUUUCGCACACCGAUCGCCAUCAGAUUGCUGCGCUUGAGAAGGCAUCUGCUGAGGAUCUUGCUUCUGGUUCACAAGCCACGCGCGCGACACGACCUUCAAGCCGAGGCCUCCAUGGGGCCAAGACGGACGAUCUUCAUUUCCGCAACUUUUCUUCGGAUAAUGUUAUCAAUGCAGAUCCUCGGUCAACAUCUGCUUUCAACGUACGGUCGUAUCUCCGCAGCCCACCAACGCAGCACGAAUGGCAACAAUCCGAUGCGAUCCCGCAACUUGCUCCCACUAGGCCACAUCUUCGCUCCGCACGAUCCGUCGAGAGCUUUUCUCAACCAGGGGUUAGUCCGCGAAAACAUGAGCCACUGGUCCUUGCAUCCCCGCCUCGUUCUGCUGCACGACGACAUCCGCCAGUGCAGCGGGUCGAAGCUGAGAACUGGCAUGAUGAGGAGUCAAAAACAGUGUCAAGUUCUUCAAGAUCUAAGCGGGAGUCUGGUGUCUGGGACUCUUUCAUGAUUCCUGGAGUCUCGACGCCAGAUCAGCAACUGUCGGACAUUCAGGAAGACUCUUAUUUUGGCCAUGCUCUCACGACACCAGACGACUCGGCGAUUCAUGCCAUGACACCGCCAUUCAGUCCCAGCCUUGCAGAUGUAGCCGAGGAGCCAGAACGAUUCGCCAGUCCCCGACCUGCUCCUCCUCCUCCGCCGGGCAAGACUCCUUCAACGCCCAGGUCGCCUUACUUUGAAACGUUUUCGUUUGCAAAUCAUCACUCGAUGCCCACCAGAGCUCGUAGUGACAGCUUAUCGCAGACCUCGCCCCAUGCUUCCAAUACAAGAUGCGCGAUGCCACGGCCAUCCUCACAGAUGUCAGAUACUCUCGGUUACUCGGGUGUGCCCCAUCGAGAUUCCUUGCGAGAGAACAUGUCAACUCGUCGCACAUCGAACACGUGGCGAGCGAUUGAGGAGUCUUGGGAAGAUGAUGUUGACUACAUCUACGAGAAUGCGCUGGAGGCUGAUUGCGAUAGUGCGUGGGAUCGUGCCUACGAUGACAAUCGCUACCUUGACCUUCAGAGUGGCAGCUCGAGAAAUUCGAUGCAGAGAGCUCGGUACACCAUGGCAUCUCAAGACACCACAGGCGAACCAUCUACUGGUGACAGGUUCUCUGGUAGCUUCCGUACCUCUCUGCUUGUCCCUAGCACCAACAGCCUGCCAGACUUGGCUCCAGCCUCGGCAAUGUCCGCCUCCACCACCAGCACCGGAUUGCCAACACCUUGCAACUCAUUCAGUGCAAACCGUUUUGGCGCCGAUGAAGGCUUUGUGCUAACGCCGUCUCUUCUUAUUCCAGAAGAGUACAAAGAUGCCGGAGAGGUCACGUACGAGGACUUGCUCGAUGAGUACAACGGUUCAGACCGUCAUUUCCCCCUGCUUGAUGCCAGCCAAAGCGUCAAUAGCUCGACUCGCAGCAGUCGCGUUCGUUUCAGCCGACGCAGUUCAUACGACAGCAGCAUGAUGUCAUCCAUCCAGAGCUCGGGACUAUGGAGCUCUCCAGUCCGCCGUUCAGCAAGCUCUGCUGGUAGUGUCCCCGACCUUGUGCCCUCUCGGCGUGCUCGUCAAGACCAAAGCUUCAGCAUGAUGAUUGAUAAACUAUCUGAGCAGGUCGCUGGCGUGAAGCAUUUUGACCAAAGCACCAUGGACGACGACGUUACACCACCUGGCCGUCACUUUGGAAGCCAAACCUUCUUCACUGUUGAGGAGGAUGCCCAAGGCGUGAGUGCAAAGACUGGGUCCAUCCUCUCUGAGCUCAAGGAAUCUCUCGAAUUGGCUCGACACGGUUCGCAACGCAGAAAGUCCACUGCGGCUGAGGAAGAACAAAGUGCUUCCCAAGACCACCAACCCCUUCCAGACUCCCAACGUUUGGAGCGCAGCCCCGUGCGCCAACAUAAGCUUACGCUGUCUGACGGCGCGGCCAAGCUGCUCUCUGAAAGCCCGGUUACCAACCAUGAACCCAAAGUAAAAGCACGCAAUCGUGCUGCGACCACGACCGCAGUACAGCAACCGAUGCUGCGUCUUUUCCCCACACCACCACGACACACGACCCGAAGCUAA